UGCCUUCAGAAGUCAGUUUGUGUUUCCUCUGCCUUGCCCUUACAGGAACACAGUCCUCAAUAUCUGUGGAAACAAGCCAGCUCAGGAGCUGAGGCGGAGUGUGUUCAACUUUGACAAGAUUCAGCAGUCGGAAGACUGUCCCUGUGAGGAUCCUGUGACACAGAUACUGGGGGAAACAACAGCACCUCCAGCACCGCCUGUACCUCUGACACCCCCAGCACCUACAGUCCUUUCAGCUCCUUCAGUUUCUUCAGUUACAAACGAGUCUGCGCAGGAAGCAAAGACUGGAGGAAAGAGUUCUCCAUCAAGCAGCAUGAACAAGAGGGAGAAGAAAAUGACCAGUUCUCUUCAGCCUUCUGGGGAGAAGGUGUCAGGAAAGGAGGGGAGCCCCAUGGACAAACUAUCCAGACUCCAGCACGAGGUGUUCACGCUCACUGAGGAGCUCAAGUCACAAAAGGAGCUGGUGCGACUCCUUCACAAGGCCCUGGAGGCAGCACAGCAGGAGAAGAGGACCAGCAAACAGUUCCUGGCAGCAGCAGGGGAGCAGGAGCGGCUGGAACUGGUGCGGCACAAAGAGAGGUGUAUCGCGGACCUGGACGGCCGCCUGGAGGCCCUGCUCAAAGACAAGGAGGAGCUGGAGCAGCGGCUGGCCAUGCAGGACUGCCAAGUGAAUGAGCUGCAGCAGCACGUGCAGCUCAUGAUGGAGAAGAACAAUGCCAAGCAGGAAGUCAUCCUCAAGCUCUCCGAGCAGGUGGCUGCCUGCAUGGCUGACCCCCAGCGUACCGUAGCCAACUCCAUGGGCACAGAGACCUUCUGCAGGCUGCAGGAGAAGAUUGAGCACCUCAAGGACGAUAUAGAGGUGCACAAGAUCAAAAACAAGUUCCUCAACUCUGAAAUCUACCAGCUUACUAAGCUGUGGAGGAACAGUUCAGAAGAGGAGAAGGGCCUCCUGAUGAAGUGUGCCUACCUGGAGGCCAAAAACUGCCAGAUUGAGAGCAAGUACCUGGUCGUGCUGCGCAGGCUGCAGGAGAGCAAAGGGCUGGACAGCAGUCAGCAGGAGAUGGUGAAAAGGCUCAUUGAGGACUCACUGCAGGGAGACAAGAAGGAUGGCUUUAAACUCAACCCUGUCAGUGAGUACGACGACUAUGGAUUCAAGACCAUUCCUGAUUAUGAAGUAGAGGACGUGAAGCUCCUGGCCAAAAUCCAGGCCCUGGAGAUCCGUUCCAACAACUUGCGCAACAAUGAGAUGGUGGACAAGCCUUUGCGGACCAGGUGGGCUAACUACCUGGCCAGCCGUCCCUUGGACCAGCUGGCUCCCUCCCCGGAGCUGAAGGGCCUGAUCCGGUGUGGGAUCCCUGUGGAGUACCGGGAGCAGGUGUGGCGCUGGAUCGUGAGGACACGGACGCAGGUCUAUAGGAAGCGGAAUCCCAAUCGCUACCAGGAGCUGAGGAAGCACUGCAAGGUGUCGGAGCAGCCGGCCUCGCAGCAGAUCAGGCUGGACCUGCACCGCACCCUCACCAGCAAUAAGCACUCCUCCUCGCCCACCUCCGACGCAGUCCAAAAGCUGCAGCGCAUUCUGCUAGCCUUCUCCUGGCAAAACCCCACCAUCGGCUACUGCCAGGGCCUCAACCGGUACUGUACCUUUUGUAUUGAAAGUUCUUAGAUCCAUUCGCUCAUUUUAAGUAGUAAAAGGUGUUGCCAAAAAAGACAAAACACUUUCUUGUACUUCUUGGACGUGGACUAGCAUAACUUAUCCUUUCCUAAAACAGAGAAUAAUGCCUAUUACCGGUAAGCAGUGCCACAGGUAAUGUAUUUGCUUACGAUUGUAAGUCGCCCUGGAUAAGGGCGUCUGCUAAGAAACAAAUAAUAAUAUGCACUGGCCCUCUUUAAGUACAAUGAAGAGGACAUUCUAAAAAUUCACGACAAUCUGGAAAUCUACCAAUACCUCCGUUUUUUCACCAAAACUAUCUCUGAUGGCAGAAUGAGGAUGAUGAUAAUGUACAGCAGACGCAUCAGACCAGUUGCUGUCAAUCACAGACUGUAUAAACAGUUCACACUCAUCUCACUCACCAUGCUUUUAACCACUAGUAAAGUUAGUGAUUUCAGUAAACUGUCUUGUACCAUUUUGAUGAUGGUAAAUGUGAACAGUGAUUUUGCAGUUUACUGAGCUUUACCAUGCAUCCACUAUGAAACCGUAAGUCCUUCUUUACCAUUCACUUCCUACAGGUAAUGGAGCCCCCACCUCACAGACCCACAUAAUGUCCUCUUUGCAGCUUAGAAAACAGAUGUACUGUAUGUAUAGCUGUUUAAUGAACAGUUUGCAAGCAGAUUAUUAAAGUGUUGAACAAUUUAACUGGUAGGUCAAUUGGCUGGUUUCACAGGCCCUGAUUAGCACUAAUCCUGGACUACCUAUUGUUAUCUUAGGUAAGGUAGUCCAAAAUUAGUGCUAAUUGUAGUUUGUGAAACCAGCCGUUUAAGAUACUAUUAAAAACAGAAUGUUCUUGCCAUUAGGUCUUAGUAGUAAAAAUAAGUUAUCCUAAGGAUGAAUAAUUCCAAGGUUCUGUUGCCUUUUAUUUACUGAAAACAUUUAUUUUCUGUUAUACUGUAGCACGGAACUGGAUCAAUCAGUCUGCUUUCUCUUGAUUUUCAGUGAAAUAACUGGGAUUAUAUGAUAAUAAUUUGGCAGAGCUUUCUCACAAUGACUGUAAAGCAGCAGAAAUAUGUUUCCAUUUAGUUCUCAAAGCCUUUUCAUUGGAAUUAUUGAUUCAAUCACCAUGUUUCUCCUCUGCCCAGCCACUAAACCUGAAAUACAAACACAUUCAUUUAGAUACAGCCAUUCAUGCUUCAGUAUUAGACAAGAAUCCAGGCAGUGCCGGCUGUGCAGAGACAGGGGGCCAUUGACUGAUUUGGACCACCUGAAGAUUGAUACACUGUAGAAGUUAAUGGGUUCAAUCUCUAAACAAUUAUGUUAGAAAAUUAGCAAGCAACAACUUUGUAUGUCAGACUUACAUUUUUUGUUCCUGUUAGAACUGUGCAUUGUUUCUCAAGUGUGUAUGUUUGUCUUUUUGUCUUUUUAUGAAUUUAAUUUUGGCAGGCCCAUAUUUUGUUGUUUAUUUAUUUAUUUAUUUAUGUAUUUUUUGAAAGGGAAAUUGGCCGAGCGCCGCCCGGGGGGAGGGAGGGUUAGGUCGGCCAGGGCGUCAUCGGCUCACCGCGCACCAGUGACCCCUGUAGUCUGGCUGGGUGCCUGCAGGCUUGCCUGUAAGCUGCCCAAGAGCUGCGUUGUCCUCCGACGCUGUAGCUCUUGGGUGGCUGCAUAGCGAGUCCGCAGUGUGAAAAAAAGGGGUCGGCUGACGGCACACGCUUCGGCCAUUCCAAAUUGGGGAGAAAAUAAUAAAAAAUAAUAAUAAUUGGCAAUGACUAAAUUAAAAAAAAAAACUGCAUUGUUUCUCAAGUGUGUAUGUUUGUCUUUUUGUGUCUUUUUAUGAAUUAAAUUUUGGCAGGCCCAUACUUUAUUGUUUAUUUAUUUAUUUGUGUAUUUUUUGAAAGGGGGAAAAAUGCAGAGUUCCCAGGUCCUUUAACUUUGCAGUUGUUUCAUCAGUGGCAUUUUGUUUUCUCUGUAUCUUCUGUCUUUAGGAAACUAAUGAACAUAGCAUUUAAUGAUAUGAAUCCCUUCCCUAUGAAGCUGCUGAAGAACAGACGAGAGUUUCACAUGGAGAGGCUGACAGCCGAGCUGCAGGAGCUGGAGAGGAUACAGGAGGAGUUUGUGAAAGAACAACAAGUGGAGCGCAAAGACAAGGACCUGGACACUGCUGUCAGCGAAGACGAAGAAGUAAUACAGACUGCAGUUAGCUUGCAUCACACGUCCUGACGUUAUUGAAAAAUUACACAUCACUGAUACUAUUUAAACUAAUUUGUUUGCCUUAUUAUUCCCUGCUGUGGAAUAUAGUGGGGCUUACAUAUUGUGUAUGUCACACAUACAUCUAACUGUUAUCCUUUGUCUGUUGUUGAGUAUAUAGGUAUGUCAGACUUACAUUUUUACAUGUACAGUUCGGCUCUUAUUUUGUA